AUGGCCACGCUCCUCCGCAGCAAGCUGUCCAACGUGGCCACCUCGGUGUCCAACAAGUCCCAGGCGAAGAUGAGCGGUAUGUUCGCCAGGAUGGGCUUCCAGGCGGCCACCGACGAGGAGGCGGUGGGCUUCGCUCACUGCGACGACCUGGACAUGGAGCACCGGCAGGGGCUGCAGAUGGACAUCCUCAAGUCCGAAGGCGGUGAGGAGGGCGGCGAGCAGCCCCUGGAGGGGGACAUCCAUUACCAGCGGGACGGCACCGGGCCGCUGCCGCCCUCCGCCUCCAAGGACGCGGGGGUCUGUUCCGAGCUGUCCGGGCAGGGCAAGCCCAAGAUCACGGCGUGGGAGGCGGGCUGGAACGUCACCAACGCCAUCCAGGGGAUGUUUGUGCUGGGCCUGCCCUAUGCUAUCCUUCAUGGUGGAUACCUAGGACUCUUUUUAAUAAUUUUCGCUGCGGUGGUUUGCUGCUACACUGGAAAAAUCCUUAUUGCCUGUCUUUACGAAGAGAAUGAGGAUGGGGAGAUAGUCAGGGUGAGAGACUCCUACGUGGACAUAGCAAACGCGUGCUGCGCGCCUCGCUUCCCCACGCUGGGGGGCAGAAUUGUGAAUGUGGCUCAGAUCAUUGAACUGGUCAUGACCUGCAUCCUCUACGUGGUGGUCAGUGGGAACCUGAUGUACAACAGCUUCCCUAACCUGCCCGUAUCCCAGAAGUCGUGGUCCAUUAUUGCCACAGCCGUUCUCCUGCCUUGCGCGUUCUUGAAGAACCUGAAGGCAGUCUCCAAGUUCAGCUUGCUCUGCACGUUGGCCCACUUUGUGAUCAACAUCUUGGUGAUUGCCUACUGCCUCUCCCGGGCACGCGACUGGGCGUGGGACAAGGUCAAGUUCUACAUAGAUGUGAAGAAGUUUCCCAUCUCCAUUGGCAUCAUUGUCUUCAGCUACACCUCCCAGAUCUUUCUGCCUUCCCUGGAGGGGAACAUGCAGAAUCCCAAGGAGUUCCAUUGCAUGAUGAACUGGACGCACAUAGCAGCUUGCAUCCUUAAAGGACUCUUUGCCUUGGUCGCCUAUCUGACCUGGGCUGACGAGACCAAGGAGGUCAUCACAGACAACUUGCCAUCCACCAUUAGGGCAGUAGUCAACAUUUUCUUGGUGGCCAAAGCCUUGCUCUCCUACCCCUUGCCGUUUUUUGCAGCUGUGGAGGUCCUGGAGCGAUCCCUUUUCCAGGAUGGAAACAGGGCAUUCUUCCCCAACUGCUACGGAGGUGACGGGCGGCUCAAGUCCUGGGGGCUCACUCUCAGGUGUGCCCUGGUGGUGUUCACCCUGCUCAUGGCUAUCUACGUCCCGCACUUUGCCCUCUUGAUGGGUCUCACUGGGAGCCUCACGGGUGCGGGUCUCUGCUUCCUGCUCCCCAGUCUUUUCCACCUCAAGCUCUUGUGGAGGAAGCUCUUGUGGCACCACGUCUUCUUUGACGUCGCCAUUUUCGUUAUAGGAGGGAUCUGCAGUGUCUCCGGGUUCAUCCACUCUUUAGAAGGCCUCAUAGAGGCAUUUAGAACCAAUGCUGAAGACUAA